AUGUCUCGGACUUCACUAUACUCGUUCCCGCCGACGCCACAAGAUUGGCUGCAGAUACAGGACGUGGUCAGAGCGUACUAUGUCAACCAGAAACUACCACUGAAGGAAGUACGCAUCGUCCUACGCGAUCGCCAUGGUUUUCGAGCGACUGAUCGAAUGAUCAAAGCGCGUCUAAAGCAAUGGGGUUAUUUGAAAAAUGCUAAGAAGGAAGAUUGGCACUUUCUAGCUUUGCUGCAUCAGCGCCGCAAGGAGAGAGGUAAACUGUCGACUGUCUUCGAUGUUAGAGGUCAUCGCAAGACAGUGAAGGAUCUCCAACGCUUUAUCCGAAACCAGAAUAUGACUGUUGAACAAUUCCUGGAUGAGGCACGAGACUCAACGGGCGGCAAACAAAUCCCGGAAUACAUACAGGCUUUGACUCCAGACAGUCGACACUAUAACGAGUCACAAUUGGAUGAUGUGAGUCCGGACUAUCUCACACCAUCACCACCUCAAACUGCAGCUCAGCUCAACUACCAUCAGGACGUGUCUGGUCCGAGCAACUUUUCACAUUUCAGCGGACCAACCAACCACAACAGGUCGAGGUCUGUGAGCGCGUCAUCCAACGAGCAAGCUCUAGUUGGCGGGUUUUCACGCAUACAUCACAGUCUACAGCCACCGAUCGAGAUACAAGAUUCUGCAUACAUAUCGGGAUCAUCUUCUGCUCUAUCUUGUACCCAGUUACAAAUGGAAUUCGAAAUGCUUUCCUCACAAGUCACACGACCUGCGCCUUUGUUAUCUCGCUUCGGAGAUGAAGAUAUCAGCUCAUGGGCAAUGCUGUCCAGCAGUCCAAGUAGCAGUGAGAAGAGUAGCAGUAGCACGUAUUUCGUAUGCUCUAGGUGCAACCAGCCCAGCGACCAGCACUUCUUCAGUCUCGAUAAUUUCGAACCACAUCAAGCAGUAAGGCGAGAUAUCUUGAAUGGUGACGACCACACGUUGCACCUUCCGAUCUCGACGAAGGACGAGGGCUCGUGGUUGUGGGUAUCCCGCUGCUUCCUAGCGUGCAUGUGUCUGAGCAAGGGUGACCAUGCAGCCGCAGAACAGAGCCUGAGAGAAGCGGCGAACGAGUUUGAGAGACUUUUGGGCAGGAAAGACCGACAACUUCUGAUUGCAGCCGGUCUAGUCAUGACAGUAUUGCAUCAGCACAACCAAGGCGAAAUUACGCAAAAGGUCCUGGACUCCGCUCAGCAGGUGUGUGAGAGAUUGUUGGCGGAAGAUCAUGCAAUUAGGAUGACAAUCCGAUAUUUGACGAUCUCGGCAAACAUAUCGCAGAAGGAACAUGGUAUAACAAGCGCAUACAUGAAGACGAUUUGCGACAAGUUUCUAGAUUACCUGCCACCGGAUCACGAAUAUGUUAUUGCUGCACGGUACAAUUACGCAUGGAUGCUCAAGUUCGAAGGCGAAUUUGCUGCAAGUGAAGCUGAAGCUCGCGAAGUCCACAAGAUUUCAUGUCGCGUGCUUGGAAAGAUACACAUGCAAUCAGUGACUUGUCUUGCUGUAAUCGCUGGCUGCAUCUGGUUCAAUGACGAGAGGAUUGAUGAAUGCAUAGCCAUUUUCACAGAACUGAUACACCAAGCGAGUCAAUCUGUUGGUCGGCACCAUCCAUAUACGCUCGAGGCUAAGCGCAGAUUAGCCACAAAGUUGGAGAAGAAGUCGGGUCAGAGCGUGGAGACGCUGCGGUUGUACAAAGACGUUGUCCUCGGUCGGGCGCAUAUGCUUGGGCCUACACACACAUACACGAUCGGUGCUAGAGAAGCAUAUGAGGAGCAACUACAGCAGAUGAAUCUGUGGAACGAUCCCAGUGGGCUGCCUUCAAAGCAGCAAUGCGAAGUCCAGGAUGUAUUCUCUCCUAAUAGUCCUGGAUCGUGGACCAAAAUCAGUCGAGGACGAACAUCGAGCCAGCGAUCCACAAGAAGACCUUUCAAGAAUGAACUUCUAGAUCCCGAGAUGGACGAAGACGAUGAUCUGGUACUGGUAGACGGUAGGGAAGCCGGGUCAAUGAGUCCCAGAAGCUUGGACGAAUUCAAAGCAUAUUGA